AUGGGGGAUAUACAAUUAUCUGGAAAGCCAAUUGAUUCUCUCUUGGAGAAGGUCCUGUGUAUGAACAUUCUUUCUUCGGAUUAUUUCCGUGACCUUUAUCGUUUGAAGACAUACCAUGAGGUGAUCGAUGAGAUAUACAAUCAAGUUGAUCAUGUGGAGCCAUGGAUGACUGGAAACUGCCGGGGACCUUCUACGGCAUUUUGUCUCUUGUACAAGUUUUUUACCAUGAAGCUAACUGCCAAGCAAAUGCAUGGGCUAUUGAAGCAUCCAGAUUCUCCUUACAUCAGAGCUGUUGGAUUCUUAUACCUUAGGUAUGCAGCAGACCCAAAAACAUUGUGGAUCUGGUUUGAACCAUAUAUUCAAGAUGAUGAGGAAUUUUCGCCAGGUUCUAGUGGAAAGAUGACCACUAUGGGUGUGUAUGUACGGGACUUACUUCUUGGACAGUAUUACUUUGACACCCUUUUCCCUCGUAUACCUGUAACUGUUGUGCGGCAAGUUGUUUCCCACCUUGAAAAGAUGAAGCUCCCGACGAAGUCAUCAGGUUCAAUUGGAGAGAAUAGUCGGCUUGGAUCUGAGGAUACUGCACGUCGCCCUCCUUCUGUUAAGGCAGCUCUUUCUGUUUCUUUUGGACAACGUGCUCCACAUCGGGCAUCAACUCGAGACUCUUCUCCUGUUCGCCGUGCUGUACCCCCACCUCCUUAUGAUCGGGGUGGUAGCGAUGAUCCUCGGAGGUCUCCUAGCAGGCAUCGUAGUCAGAGUCGUGAUUUGUCUGACAGAGAGUAUUUCGACAGGGAUGUGGGGAAAGGGAGGAGCCGUGAUCAGGAUCGAGAUCGGGACCGAGAUCGCUACCGGGAUAGAGAUUUCCGGGACCGCGAUAGGGACAGAGAAAGAAGCCAUGAUAGAGAAAGAGAUUAUGACCGAGAGAGAGACCGCAGGCGUGAUUAUGAUAGAAGCAGGUAUUCUGAAAGAGAGGGCAGCAGAAGGGAUAGAGACGAUUAUGAUGAUUACGACUCUCAGAGGAGCAGGAGUAGAAGUAGAAGCAAAAGCCGUAGGUCUCCAUCUCCUGUUCGUACAGAGCGUUUUGAUCAUUAUUCAAGCACUAACAGUGAUAAAAGCAAAGAAAAAGAGAGAACGUCAGCAUCAAGCAAUCUGGCCAAGCUCAAGGACCUAUAUGGUGACUUAGGUAACCAGAAAGGUGAUGCAAGCAUGGAAAGAGGGUACACCAAGGAUAGUGGUGCUGAAGAGGUUAUUAGAUUAGGGGGUGCUCGUUGGAAGUGAUGCGCAUGUUUCUGUGCCAGUUCAGUUGAGAAACUAUGUCACACUCUUUGUUAGACAUGAUUUGUCCCAUUUUAGGACCGGUAGGACCAUAAACAGAGAUCUUUCUAUGUUCCAACAAUUGUGAUGCAAUUUACUGUUGUAUAUUAGAUGAUCACAUAAGAUUUCAUUAAUUUAUGCUUCAUGGGUUUUUAUAAAAUUGCGGUGGUGUUAGGCCUGUUGCCGAACAAAAAAGUAAGUUGUGUAGUGGAUAUCAGAAACACCGUCAGCAUUGCAGUAUUCAAGUUCCUGAGUCCUUACAUUGAGUACCAUGAUUAAUGGUAUAAGUGACUAAAAUCUGUGUCAACCAAUGUCUCAAUCAUUUGGACCUUAUAAAUACAUUCUUAUGAUUUGUGAGC